AUGAGGAAGCAGCAGGCGGACAGCGGCAAAAUCGUGUCCCUUUACAGCCAACCCUUCUACGCCGGUCGGUUCGAAUACAAGAUGUGCGCCCGGAUCUAUCUGAAUGGUGACGGAAUGGGCAAAGGGACGCACGUUUCCAUGUUCUUCGUCGUCAUGAAAGGAGACUACGAUGCCCUACUCAAAUGGCCGUUCGAUCAAAAGGUGACGAUGCUGCUGCUCGACCAGAACGGCGGAAAGCUCACGCUCUCGGACAGCUUCAAACCGGACCCUCGAAGCAGCAGCUUCAAAAGACCGACCGGCGACAUGAAUAUAACUUCCGGAUGCCCUCUCUUCGUUUCUCAGGACAUCCUGAAAAAUCCCGUUUACGUCAAAGACGACACCAUGUUUCUGAAGCUGAUCGUCGACACGACCGGUCUGUACGUUUGA